UUUGUAAAUUGCAGUCUCUUUCACAUCCAGCAGAGAGAGGUGAAAGUGUAGAACCGAGGCAAUUCUCUGUCUCCAAUCUCAAGAAAUAGAACAAUUCUAGUUCUAGGUUUAGCGUUUGGCUUCCAAAUUUCUUUUAAUUCAACCAUUCAUCACUGAUCUAUCUUACCGCUACCUUUCCUGUCUCGUUUUUACCGUCCGAUCAACCCCGGUUCUUUUCAAGAUGAUCUCUGUUUCUUCUGGAAAACUCAAUAUGUUUGUUUCUCUGUCCAUUUCUUCUAUUAAUCGCAUUUCAUGUUCAAAUUCAAGGCUUCGCCGAUCAAUUCUCUGAAAUGUUAGGGUUUUCUUUUUUUGGUUGCGAAUGAUGUGGAAAGAUUUAUUUUUAACCUGUUAAUCAAUCGUACUAUCAAUUGAUCGUGUUUAUUGUUCUUGAUUGUGUGAUUAGGGUUUCUUUUACUGUUUUUAUUUGCGCUUGAUUCUUUUUCAAUUCGGGCUUGUAUAUUAUGUAUAUUGAGGAAUUGAAAGGAGCAGAGGAGGUGGAGGCUGUCGUGGAAAGUGGAGAAGAGGAGACUAUAAAAUCGUGUGGAGAAAACGAUUCCGUUUCCGUUGGUAGUGAGAUUAAUAGUGGAAACAUUGUCGUUUCUGGGACGAAGAGGGUUUUGGUUGGUGCAGGAGCUCGUGCACUGUUUUACCCGACUCUGCUUUACAAUGUUGUCAGGAACAAGUUUCAGGCGGAGUUCCGGUGGUGGGAUCGUGUUGGUGAGUUUUUACUGUUAGGAGCUGUUCCAUUUCCUGUUGACGUUCCACACCUAAAGGGUCUUGGUGUUGGUGGAGUGGUCACACUAAAUGAAUCAUAUGAGACUUUAGUCCCAACAUCUCUGUAUCAUGCGCACGGUAUUGACCAUUUGGUGAUUCCAACAAGAGACUACUGCUUUGCACCAUCUUUGAGUGACAUAUCUCAAGCUGUAGACUUUAUUCAUGAAAAUACAUUGAGUAGGCUAACAACAUAUGUACACUGUAAAGCUGGCCGGGGACGUAGCACAACCAUUGUAAUUUGUUACCUGGUGCAUCACAAGCAGAUGACACCAGAUGACGCUUAUGAUUUUGUGAAAUCCAUCAGGCCAAGGGUUCUUUUAGCUUCUGCUCAGUGGCAGGCUGUUUUGGAAUACUACCACCUAAGAGUGAACAAGGCUUGUGUUUAUAGACAUGUGGCUGAUCACGUUUUGAGAGCUCCACGUUCAAUGAGUGCACAAGAACUUGUGGCAUUUGAUAAUAGCUCUGUAGUCAUUGUAACAGAGUCAGAUCUUGAUGGAUAUGACUCAAGCCGUGUUUCCAGUGAUGUUGGGAGUCAGACGUGGGCUGAUCUGAGUGUGGUUUACCGAGUUAGAGUUGCUGGUCAAGCAGCUCUGGCUAGAAUCUCGUGCAUGUUGUUUCGUUGCCACACCCAGCAGAAAAUUCCAGGAAAUAAAAUGGGCAGGGUGAGCAGCUGCUCAAUAAGUGCUGAUCACCUGGGAGGCAUUAGUGUAGACAUUCAUGUCUACUAAGAUAUCACUGUAGUUGCCGAUAAAGGUGUUUAUUAAGUUUUUUGUCUCCUUCCAGUAUAUAAAGUGCAAAUAAUGUUUUUUCAGGCACACAUUCUUCAGUGAGAUGGAUUGCAAUCUAAGUUACAAUUACAUCUUUAUUGCUCAA